GCUAUUUGAAACGCCGCUGAGUGCGGGACUGCCGCAUAUGCUGAAUUGCCAGCGGGCGAGUGACAGCGGAGGCGCAGGGAAACAUGCCGAUGGAUCUGCAGCAAUGGAGCGGGCCCCUGGCCCUGAACGAAGUGGAUGAGAAGCCGGCGCAGCCCCUCGCCGUCAAAUAUGACAGCGUGGACAUCGAUACGCUGGGCAAAGUGCUGACCCCGACCCAGGUGCAGAAGUGUCCUGUCAGCAUUAACUGGCCUGGUUGCAGUCCAGACAAGCUCUACACGCUGAUUCUAACUGACCCAGAUGCUCCAAGCAGGAAUACACCAAAAUUUAGGGAAUGGCAUCAUUUUGCUGUAAUUAACAUGAAAGGAAACGAUAUUAAAAGUGGAGAGAUUCUUUCUGACUAUGUUGGCUCUGGCCCUCCUCAAGGAACUGGCCUUCACCGCUACGUCUGGCUGGUUUAUGAACAGUCCAAACCUCUGCAGUGUGAUGAGCCGCGAUUGACCAACCGGUCAGGUGAUAAACGUGGAAAAUUCAAAACUGCUGAUUUCCGUAAAAAGUAUAAUUUGGGUUCACCUAUAGCUGGGAGUUGUUACCAGGCUGAAUGGGAUAACUAUGUACCUAAACUCUAUGAACAGUUGGCUGGAAAAUAACAAGUUACAAACUUGUAAUUUAAAGCAUUUCCUUCCCAGUAUUAACAAAUGUGUAUUUUAUUGCAACCAGUGUCAUUAACGUUGUUUGUGUGCACAUCUUCGGAAGUAGCACCUACCUUGCUUUUUGUUUUAAAAUAAAACGUCAGUGGA